AUGAACAACAAAGUUCUCAUCAUUACUGCAUUCUUACUAGUUAUUGCUGGAGCAACAGCUAGAGAAUGUUAUAAAUGUACUGCAUGUCCAAAACCAUUCAAAGGAAAUGAAGCAGGUGUCUCUAAAGUCACUGUCUCCGACAACAAUUAUUGCGAAAAAACAAUUCUUCCUGUUGUCAAUACUGAAAGUCGAGGCGAUGGAGGAGCUGAUUGUAAACCUGUUGAUAAAUAUACAUUCUGUUGCAAGGGUGACUUAUGUAACGGAGUAACAACAGGCACAUGGAGUGCUAAACUUUUGGUAGCAGUAGCUAGUCUAUUUUUUGUCGUACAAUACUUUCAUUAA